UUCAUUUCUGUUGGACAGUAGAGACUUCAAACUUUGUAAAAGUAGUGUUUUUAUAUUGAUUUUGUUUUAUAUUUACUUCCAAAUAAAACCAGGAAUAUGAUCGAUCAUUUUAGCCAUAGCGUAGUGCGCAUUUUACGCAUGUUGAGUGCAAUCAGUAGUUGUUUUAUGACCAAAAAGUGAACGAAUGCAACAUGAAAGCCAUUUUUCCGAGUUCCUCCAAGUGCACCACAUUUCCGAAGCAACCAAUCAGAAAGCAUUUUCGGGCAUUUUGACUUGAGAUCGGAACAGCAGUGCGGGGAGAGAGUUUUGUGGCGGAAGAGAACGGUGUGCUGUUGAGAUUUCGGAUUUUACUAGUAGUGUUUUGUAUUAGAUUUUUUGGAAGUAGUGUUUUGUAUUAGAUUUUUAGAUCAUACGUGUGUUAGUUAGUGUGCAUUAGUGUUUGUGUGUAGUGUUUGUAGACGGUUUUUAGUGUUUAGUGUGUGUCAAAAUGAGUCGCUACAUGACUGCGCAGCAAGCCCUGAAGUACAUGUACGAAUGUGAAGAGGACAAAGGCGCGUUGCCAGAAGGUUCGGACUCGGAGUUUGAGCUUGACGAUGAGCUUGGUGAUCCCUCCAUUCUAUUCAGGGAGGAGGAGGAGGAGGAGGAGGAGCAGGAGGAGGAAACUCCCACGUGCUCUGUCCAGUUGAGGCCCACACAUCAGAGGACACCAUGGAGAGCGCAGCGAACUCGGGCAAGAUCCAGAUCUCCUCUGACUGAGGCAGCACCAGAAACACGGGCUGGACAGUGGAACACUGAAGAGGACGCAGAUGCAGCCCCUGUUGUAAGCCGCUUUCAACCAAGGAGAACACCAGGACCACAGAUGGAUCUGAUGUCCAACCACAGUCCAAGUGAGCUGUUUUUGUUGUUUUUUGCAGCUGAUACAGUCAAAACCAUCUGUGACAACACAAACAGAUAUGCUGCAAAAAAUCAAGCAAAUGGAAAAAAAUAUAAAUGGGCUGAAUUAGACACAGAGGAGCUGUAUAGGUUCUUUGGUCUAUUGAUCUAUAUGUCCUUGGUGCAACUACCAAGUGUCCAGGACUACUGGAGACAAAAUCAUUUUUUGUCUGUUCCAACUCCAGCUAAGGUCAUGACAAGGGACAGGUUCAGGACCAUUAUGUGGAACUUGCACCCAAGUAAUCCUGAGGAGGAUGUCAAAAAUGACAAAAAGAAGAGAACACCAGGCUACGACAAAUUAUCAAGACUGCGGCCUGUUUAUGAUGACAUCCUCAAUGCCUGUCAGGCUUACUACCAACUAAAGAGGGAGCUGGCAGUUGACGAAAGGAUGGUGCCAACAAAGGCAAAAACUGGCAUGACCCAGUAUAUGAAAGACAAGCCAACUAAAUGGGGAAUAAAGCUUUUUGUGUUGGCCGAGUCAAGCAGUGGCUACACUGUGAAUUUUAGCUUACACACUGGCAAGACUCACACUGCAAGUGAGCAUGGGCUGUCUUAUGAUAUGGUAAUGAAACUUAUUCAGCCAUCUUAUCUUGGCACCGGCUACCAUAUUUACAUGGACAAUUUUUAUACCAGUCCUACACUGUUCAAGGACCUGGCCAGCAAAAUGUUUGGAGCUUGUGGCACUUAUAGGGAAUCCAGGAAGGGAUGCCCUAAAGGGAGGCCAAGUGCUCUCACUAAAAAAAGUGGAAGAGGAUCAGUGAGAUGGAUCAGAGAGGGCCCAGUGGUCUUUGUGAAGUGGAUGGACACACGGGAGGUGUCUGUCUGCUCAACUAUCCAUCCUGCGUUUUCAGGUGAGACGGUGCAAAGGAGGGUGAAGAAUGAAGUGAAACGCUGGAUUGUGAAAGACAUUCCAUGUCCUACACCAGUCAUGGCGUACAAUAAAUACAUGGGUGGGGUUGACCUGUCUGAUCAACUCAUCCAGUAUUACUCUGCACAACGGAAAACUUAUCGUUGGUACAAGACUAUGCUUAUGCAUUUGGUUGACAUUGCCACAGCAAAUGCCUACAUCCUACACCAAGAGUUGUGCAAAGCCAAAGGAGUGAAGCCCAUGACACACAAAGACUUCAAUGUGGAGAUGGCCAGUCAGCUUUGUAGUGUGGACAUGGCAGGUGUUCCAAGGAGAAAGGCAGCUGAACACAUUCCUGUGCCCAUUAGUGCUCAGCAAAUUGCCAGAAACGGCAGACUGCAGUGCAGACACUGCCUCCGGGUGAACAAAGUCAGGAAGGACACGCAAUGGAAAUGUGAGGGCUGUGAUGUGCCAUUGUGCCUUCUGAUUGACAGAAACUGCUUUGCACAGUGGCACAAGUAAUUUGUUUUGUCUUGUGGCACCCAUUUUGCAAAUAUUGUAAAUAGUUGAAAGUGGGGGGGAGGGUGAGACAUUGUGAUGUUGGAGAAAAUUUGUGAUGGAGAUAUUGACAUAUUUUGUAAAUAGUUGUAAAAAAAACGCCUGGGAAAUUACCCACAAUAUGGUGAAAAUAUGACUAGUAAUUUGUUUUUUACUAAGUUUGUACAAAAGUUCUUAAAAUUUACCCAAAAACUUUUCAUGUUAGGCUGUAAAAAUGGUUUGUUCAACAUUUUUGUGAAUAUUAUAGUAAAAAUAUCAA